AUGGACAAGGUUCAGGCGGUCAUGGGCGUCGCUGAGCUCGUGUUCCGGAAGAUCAAAGCCUUCUUCGAAGAACUUGUCGUGUGGCUUGGAUUCCUCUUGCAAUGGGACGACAUUCUCUGGAUGCACCGCGUAUUGAAGACGAUCAUCAAGGCAACUGGCGCGUACGCAGUGUCAUCAAUUGAGUCGCUCAGAGUCGCGGUCGCCACCACGUUCGAUGGCGCAAUAGCACCAGUGAAAGAAGCCGCCGGGUUAAGACCGACCGGCCGGUCGAUUGGGGAAAGAGCGCAGGACGAGAACCGCAAAGACAACAGCCAUCGCAGCCCGCGUUUAAACUGGCGAAGCUAUCAUUUCAAGAAUGGCGUAAAGGACGCCAACUCGGUGAUUCCAACAUUCACCGUCCCGACAAAACAGGAGAGCCUGCUGACUAAGCUGGUUGACUGGCCAACGCUGAUCUAUGACCGCGACUCAAUCUUCGCACUAAACCCCAUAGUGCUGAUCCAGAAAGUCCUAGCCAUCUGCACAUCAGAGGUCCUCCAGAGUGCAAAGAAUGUGGUGCUGGCGAACCUUGACAUCGCCGAAUGGUCCAUCCAAGAGACCAUGGACGCCCUGGACAGCUUUUGGAUCCAAUUCCCGAUCAUCUCGUGGAUGUACCAGAAAACCACGGGCGAGACGCUGACGAUCCUGGGCGUCUUGUGCCUUGUCUGCGCCAUUCCUGCGACUAUCAGCUACGAGCUCGUCAAACGUGUGGCGCCGUUCCCUCAAGACGCGAGGCUCGAUCAACUUCGAUUGCGUGCUUCACCACGGGCGAGCUUACGCUUUCAAACGACUGAUUCCGGGGUUUGGACAGAUUCAACGUGUUUCCCUUGA